AUGGAGUCAGAGCGAUGCAAAUCAUCACACUCAUACUUGAUGGAGAAACAAGAGAAGAUGAAUCCGGUUUUGGAUCUAUGCCUCUCUGUCUCAACCAAAGAGUUUGAAGAAAACCGAGUAUUCUCAUGCAACUACUGCACCAGGAAGUUCUACAGCUCGCAGGCCCUCGGCGGCCACCAGAACGCCCACAAACGCGAGCGCCGCGCGCCGCCGCUCCACCCAUCUCUCACUAUGCAUGGACCCAAUCUUAAGUACUACAAAUUUGGUGGGAGGAGAGCGGCCCCUCCGCCGCUCAGGGACACCACCGCCACUGCCGCCAAUCAACAAGACUUCAAAAUCUUGGAUUUGUCUCUCACACUCUAA